GGUCUCCCUUUCCUGCCACCCCGGUCCCUCCCUGGCUUCCUCCCUGCUCCCCUCCCACUUCCCUUGCCGAGCUGGGCCCAGAGGCAGACUGAGGCACAAGCAGUUGGGUGGCUUUGUGCUAUCCCCUGUCUGGUUCAUCUACAGCCUUUUCAUGAAGCUUUUUGGGAAGCCGGCUCCCCCCAUCACCCUAGAGAACCCUGAGGUGAAGUACCCGUUGAGGCUGAUUGACAAAGAGAGCAUCAGCCAUGACACACGGAGGUUCCGGUUCGCCCUCCCGUCUCCACAGCACGUGCUGGGCCUCCCCAUCGGUCAGCACAUUUACCUCUCAGCCCGGAUUGAUGGGAACCUGGUCAUCCGGCCCUACACCCCAGUGUCCAGUGACGAUGACAAGGGCUUCGUGGAUCUGGUUAUCAAGAUUUACUUCAAAGACACGAAUCCUAAGUUUCCUGCUGGCGGGAAGAUGUCCCAGUACCUGGAGAAUCUGAAAAUUGGUGACACCAUUGACUUCAGAGGCCCCAGUGGACUGCUGGUCUACCGUGGUAAAGGGAUGUUUGCCAUCCGCCCCGACAAGAAGUCAGAACCUGCCAUCAAGAUGGUGAAAUCACUGGGCAUGAUCGCAGGAGGGACAGGCAUCACCCCGAUGCUGCAGUUAAUACGUGCCAUCAUGAAGGACCCCGAGGACCACACCGUCUGCCACCUGCUCUUUGCCAAUCAGACAGAAAAGGACAUUCUGCUCCGAUCUGAGCUGGAGGAGCUAAGGAACCAGCACUCGGCCCGGUUUAAGCUCUGGUUCACUGUGGAUAAAGCCCCUGAAGAUUGGGACUACAGCCAAGGGUUUGUGAACGAGGACAUGAUCCGAGAGCACCUGCCUCCCCCUGAAGUCGAUCCCCUGAUCCUCAUGUGUGGGCCUCCUCCCAUGAUCCAGUAUGCCUGCAUCCCCAACCUGGACAAAGUGGGGUACUCCAAGGACCUGCGCUUCUCUUUUUAGGGGGGCACAGUGACCUGGGCAGCACACAGGGCAGGGAGCUGGUUUACGGGAACACCGUCACACAUAUACAUACAUUUACACAUAUGCACACAUACAUACACAUAAACAUAGGCCCAUGUCAGGUGCUGAGAAGCGACACCAGACCAUAGGUCUCUAGACUGGCAGCCCCUCCCCCCUAGUAAAGCAGGCAGGCCUUCGUACCUUCCCCUCCCAGGCUGAAUGGGUGACGCAGUUCCGUUUCUCCGCCAGGGGUGACAGUUUCCCAGGUGGGUGGUCAUGCUGGUCACUCAGCUGGAACAUGGCCAUCCCCCAACACUGAAGCAUCUUUUCACAGUUCAUUUCUUUCAGUCACAGGCUGCCUAAAAAGUCAGGAGUCUCUUCCUCUUUUUUUAUAUUUUUAAAUUUUAUUUUUUCUUCUCCAAUAAACCCAGCUCCCAUGCAGGAAAGGGUUUCUCCGAAGGAGGUGGCUCCAGCCACGGCUGGUCUGUGCUCCUUGGGGCCGUCACCCACCCAGGGGCCUAUCCCCGGGAUCUUGGAGACG